UGUGUUUUGUAACUCAAUCAAGAAAUUAAAAUGAAAGUUUUCUGCAGCAUUGUCAUCAUUUCAAGCUUGAUUGCUCUAGCUCAUUCAGCAGCCUCCUCUGCAUCAGCUCAAGCGGCUGCAAAAUCGAGUUCAAAAACUGUUGGCGGCCGCGUCCCAAUUUUCGGUCUACCAAUACCAAGUUUAAGUCAGUCAAAAAGUUAUAGUCAAGCAACAGCUACCUCUGGCAGUAACAGUGGUGGCCUUCUCGGUGGUCUUGGUGGUGCUGGAAGCAAGAGCUUUUCUGGUGCAAGCGCAUCUUCUGAAACAGGAUCUCAUGGACUUGGCGGAGGACUUGGUGGAGGAUUUGGCAGUGGACUUGGUGGAGGACUUGGCAGUGGACUUGGCCUUGGAUAUGGAUAUGGUAGCGGAUAUGGUGGCGGUAGCCAAUCAAAAUCAGAAGCUCAAGCUAAAGCUGCCGCCUCAACCAGCACACAUUAAAUUGCUUGCAUUGUUCACUUAAACACACAGAGAGUAGAACUUGAUUCUUCCAUUCAAAUGUUCAAUUCUAUAAAAUACAAAAUAAAUAUUCAAUGAGCAUUAAA